UACCUCCCUCGGCGUCCCUGCGUACAAAGCGUCAUCGAACUGUAUUACCUCCAUGCUCCCCGUCCCAUGCCGCGGUCACCCAGCCACACUUCUCUGUCCACAGUAAGGAUGUGCAUGUGAUACCCAUUGGCAAGGGACGCCUCUACAGUGUGGGCUGCUGGCGAGGAGUGGGGUUGACUUUGACUUUGACGAGGUUAAAGGAGGGAAAGAAAGCUGGAGAGCAAAGUGGUUCUUGGAGGAAGAGGAACCACCCUGGGUCUCGAUUUAAUGUGUGGGAAUUUGAGGUUGUCCUGGCUGAAGAGUAAGACGAAGAAUUUCAGUUUGAGCUUAUUUUGAAGACAGGAGGACGAACUUUGACUGAAUUUGGGGAGAACGUAAGCUGUUCUUAUAUUUCCGGACAUUCGACAGCCUUUCUCGAGGAGGGACGAAGUGAAAGUUUAUCUCAUCGAGUACAAAAACCUUUCUUGAAGUCUCCAGUGGAAGUCGAAUCUGAACCUCCUGUGUUUAUAGUACACCCAAAGAGAACCAGAUAUAUAGAGAAAGAUAAGUGCCAAAACAACUACAUGUACCCAACGUAACUACAGUGAAAGGACGCCCCUGAGGUGGUUCUUGCUAUACCGAGAAAAAAGGAAUUGAAGCCGGCGCCGCCAUGGUCUCCUGGGACGAGGGGGUUCGAGCUCUCAAUCACGGGACCAAGGAUGAGCUGCAAAUCAUAGGCUGGCAACCAGACUUACGGAAACAGCUGCUGACCGCUCUCCUGACCGUGCUGACUGGAGGACUGCUGCUGAUCCUUAUAACCUGGCGUCCCUCCAUCAAGUUGUGGCUCACUCACAGGAGGUGCGAUGACAGCGAGGCAAAGCGAUUACUUGUCAAGGACAUGUACGACCAGCUGUGGGAGGAGAAGGUGGUCCGGGAGGAGGUGGCGACGGAGGACCAAAAAGGCACACAGUCCCGAGUGUAUUUCAUCAACAAGAAGAUUAAGUACGUGUGGGAUGAGGCGACGUGCACCUUCGUCAGGCUGAGGCCCCUGGAGCACGGGACGACCUUCAACACCUUCCACAGGCAGUCGGGAGGUCUCAGCGAACCCGCGGCGAAGGCCAAAAAGGCUCUGUUCGGCGAGAACUUCAUGAAGAUCGAGAUUCUGUCCAUCUGGCAACUAAUCGUCCAACAGGCUUAUAACCCGUUCUACAUCUUCCAAGCAUACACUGUCAUCCUAUGGUGUAUGCAGGCCUACUACCUGUUCGCCGUUUGCAUUGCUGUCCUCUCUAUAGUCACCAUUACCAUCAUGGUUUGGGAGACGCGUCGGCAAAGUCGCGCCCUGAGGAAGACGGUCACAUCCCAGUCACAAGUUACGGUGUUAAGGGACGGCCAGAAAACCUCCCUCUCGUCCCGUGAACUCGUGCCUGGCGACGUGAUGCUGAUCGCCGACGGACUGGGUCGUAUGGAGGUGGACGCCGUCGUACUCCAGGGCAGCGUGGUCGUCAAUGAGGCCAUGCUGACGGGGGAGUCGGUGCCCAUUACGAAGGUGGCGAUACCCAAAGAAAGCGACACGAUGUUCUGCGAAGAGGAACACAAGCGCCAUUUUCUGUACAGCGGGACCGAAGUGCUGCAGGUGCGCGGCGGCCAGGAACUCCCUGUGCUGGUCGUUAAUACAGGGUUCUACACCGCGCGGGGAGAGCUGGUCAGGUCCAUCUUGUUCCCGAAGCCCAUCGAGCAUCACUUCUACGGCGACUUCCUGAAGCUGCUCGGGGUGUUCCUGCUGAUCGGUCUCGGCGCCAUGGUGUGGAGCUUCUUCCAGUGGUCGAAGAUCAAGGGUUCCUGGGACGUGGUGUUCCUGUCGCUGGACCUCGUGACGUUCGUGGUGCCGUCCGUGCUGCCCGCCACCAUCACCGCCAUCAACGCCUGCACGCAACAGCGGCUCAAGAGGAAGGACGUGUUCUGUCUGUCCUCGAACUACAUCUCCCUCUCGGGCUCCGUCGAUACCGUGUGUUUCGAUAAGACGGGAACCCUGACGGAGGACGACCUCGCUCUCGCCGGCGUCAUCCCUUGCACCGAGGGAGACAUGGGCUCUCCUGUCGAAGACGUGUCCCAGCUGCAGGUCGAGCAGCCGCUGACGAGAGCGCUGGCCACGUGUCACUCCCUCACCUCCAUCAACGGGAAACUGGUCGGUUAUCCUAUUGACACCAAGAUCUUCAGCGGCAUCGGAUGGAACCUGCUGGAGUCGGACCCCGCGGUGAACCAGGACUACGGCAUGGUGGCGCUGAUACGGGUGCAGCCUCCGCCGGGCGAGCGCGUGCUGCCCGAGGACCACGAGGUCGCCGUGCUCAAGACGUUCCCCUUCGAGGCCAAGGAGCAGCGCACCACGGUCGUCGUGCGCCGGAGGGCUUCCCGCUGCGAGGUCUUCGUCAAGGGGCGCGCCGAGAAGGUGGCGUCGCUCUGCCGCCCCGACACAGUUCCAGGAAUCACCGAGGCGGCCCUAGAGUGGUACACGAGGCAAGGACUCCGGGUCGUCGCUGUCGCAGGAAAAUCUCUUCAGGAAGGACUCGAGUGGGAAAAGGUGGAUCUAACGCCCCGUGAAGUUCUCGAGGAGGGCGCCAUGUUCCUGGGGUUGGUGCUCCUGCAGAACAAACUGAAGGUCGAGACGGCUCCUGUCCUGGCAGCGCUCCACCAAGCAGACAUAACGACUGUCAUGAUCACAGGCGACAACCUCCUGACGGCGCUGAGGGCCCCGAGAGUAUCCUCCGGCCGCCAGAUGAUCGUCGUGAAGGCGCAGAUGGUUGCGGCGUCGGCGAAGGCAGCUCAGCAUCUUCAGGUCUAUUACUUCGAUGCUGAUUACGAUGGCGGAUUGCGCAAUCAGGCUGGAUACAGAGGGCUGGACAAGGAGCUUUUCCAGCGCCUCGUGCACAAGGGAAGGGUCUUCGCCAGGAUGAAGCCGGAGCAGAAAAUCACGGUGGUGGAGGCCCUGCAGGAUCUCGGCCACCAAGUCGCCAUGUGCGGGGACGGCUGCAACGACUGCGGCGCCCUCAAGGUGGCUCACACGGGCAUCUCCCUCUCGUCCGCCGAAGCCUCCGUGGCCGCGCCCUUCACCUCGCGCCGCCAGGAUAUCACGUGCGUGCCCACCCUCCUCCUGGAAGGCAGGGCCACGCUCGUCUCCAUCUUCGCCGCCUUCAAGUACAACGUCGCGUCCAUGUUCGGCGCCCUCAUCUGCGUCGUCUUCCACUUCUCGAUCUUCACGGAGCCCUCAGACGAGCAGUACGUGACCAUGGACCUCGUCUUGGCCACAAUCCCGGUGCUGGUGAUGGGGUACACUGGCCCCACCGACCGCCUCGUGCCCCGACCCCCGACCCGACGCAUUCUCACCUUCCUCCCUGCGGCUUCCAUCUUCUCCUUUCUUAUCUUCCAGACUAUUAUUUAUUGGUUGUUGCUGCUCUACCUCCGCGUGCAACCAUGGUUUGUCGAGUUCGUCCCGCCCGAGGAGUUGGAGUUCGAAGCCCCGCCGAAACCCAGCUUUGAGAACACGGAACUCAUCAUUGUCAAUUACUAUACUUACGUCAUCUGCGCUUUAGUAUUCUCGCACGGGUCGCCUUAUCGGAAGCCCAUCUAUACCAACUACAUCCUGACAGCGUACCUCCUGGCCUCGACGGUGCUGUGCAUCUUCAUCAACUUCUACAAGGGGGAAUGGAUGAUCACUUUGCUCAAUUUCAAGGUCAUUCCUUCCGCCAGCUUCUCCGCCAUGAUCUUCCUCGUCGUCAUCCUCUACGGCGCCGUGACCUUCAUAUGGGAGCACUGGUGGUUAUACGGAGUGAUCCAAGAGCGCCUGAUGCCCUGGCUGGCGAGGACGUGCGGGCCGCGAUCUCCUCACGCCAAGCUCGAGGCCGAACUGAAGGACAUCAAGAGCUGGCCGCCCUUGACAGAGCCCCCGGACAUCGAUGCGGGGAACGAAGCAGAAGGCGAUGAGGGAGACGAAACGAUGGACUCGGAAACUCUGGAGAAGGACGAGGCCGCCCUCCUCAUCAGAAAGCUCACCCGGAGGCACCGAUUCAAAGCGACCGUCAAAUACCACAACGAAGUCAACCCAAGUCAGUCUUCCCCCAUCGAUGUCCCCGAACUACCCAGCGUUGCCAUGACGACCAAGACGCCGCCGUUGAACUUCGGCGAGGUUUCGAGUCCCGUUCCGGCGAACUUGCUGGAGACCGUUCCGCCGGAGAGUGCCGGCUACAGAGAACCCUGGGACAGUCAACAAAGCGAAGGAAGUAGGUUCAUGUUCAACCACAGCGUGAGGCAUCAAAUCAUGAUGGGAACUAAAGGUGGAUUCAGCACCUUUAAAGGGAGUGUUAAGAAGCACAAUAAUAAGGGGGACAUUGAGGAUGCAGAACCUUAUGAGGUGAUUAGGCUGACUGAUCAAUCAUCAAUAGAGCAAAGUAAUGUUAAUGGAGGAGAAGAGAUCUAUGCAACAAUAUCGGAGACUUAUAAUGGAGAUUUGCAAAGGACUGAAGAUUUUGAACAGGAUGAUGAGAGCCACUACCAGGACCCCGUGCAAGAACAAGCACCAGCUCCAGGCGGAAAUUUGGACAGCCUCAGGAGAAGAACGGAGAGACAGAAAAGUGAGAUGGAUGACGUUUUAAAUUAUGUAGAUGAGCUUGAGUUUAAUGACGAUAUACCAGAAAGGAGAGUGAAAUUUGCAGAUUCUGAAGAUGAAGAAAAUUCAAGCUUGCUAGAAAGUGUGACUGCUGCCUGGAAUCGCAUAUCCAGAGCAUCAUUUGCACUUAGCAGCCAUCCGGAUGAUACGAACACUGCACAAACCAUUCCUGAAGAAGCUUCUUGGCCUGGACACCCACAGUUAUUAUAUGAUGUACCUGGACCACCAAGACCUGUUGAGAGCCACCUUUCCCAUGGAAACAAUGAACGAGGAGCUUCUGUUGAGAAUUACCAUGUUUUAACUCUUCCCCAUGAACAAGGGGAAAGCAGAGAAAGUAAUGCUUGAAGUGUUCCAAACCUCCGAGAUGAGAAUUUGAGUGCAAUUAUUACUGUGUUUUUGUAUAUCUAAUCUUUAUACUGUUGAGAAAAUGAGUAUAUUCUUGAUAUUGGGUUAUCAGAAGUACCAAUAUACCUGUGUUAUUUUAUGUUAUUGCACAAGAGUAUUAUGUAAAAUAAUCUCAGUAUUUGUUUUAAAGUACAGACUUAUCUAAAAUACAGAAGCCUUGUUAUGUUUGUCUGAAUAAUAGAAUACAAAUUUAAACUAAGGCAGAAAUUCAUUAAUGAGUAUAGGAAAUGUUCAAAGUUGUGGAACUUUAAAAUAGCAUAGAGUCAGAUCAGCAUCUAUGUGAAUACUCCAUUUAUUUAUUAUAUUGGACCCCACUGUACUAAGUAUUAAUAAUAUUCAUACUUACAUAUGCAUUUAAAAUCAAAGAAAUGAAUGUGUAAAGGAAAUACAACUGAUAUCCUAAUGCAGCUACUUGUAUAUACUGUAUGAGGUGAAAUGUUUUGCACAGCACAAUGUUCAUGCAUGCCAUUUGUACCUAUUCACGUUCAAGGCAUGUAUAGCUUUAUAAGAUUUUAAUAGUAUUUGAUAAACCAAUGUUCUAACUAUGUAAUACAGUACCCUGUUGUGAUAGACAAAAAUACUUCAGCUUUAUUUUAAGAUUAAUGCAUUCUUUCUAUUAUGUGUAUUAUGAUGAUGCAACAAAAAAGGGAUUUUCAAAUCUAAAAUGCAUUAUCAAAAAAUUGCUUCUCAUGUAUAUUGUAUAAUUGUACUUGUUUCAUGGUGUGUUUGGGAUACAUCUAGGCUUUAUGUUACCAUGUAUGUCUCAAUGUUAGGAAGUUUUCCUUGUUUUUCUAAUUUUAAGCAAUGGGUAUAAUUAGCAGAAAUAAAAGUAAAAAAAUGCCUGUACAUAUUUUAGUGUAGACGUUAUUUGCAUGGUGAAAAACUGAAAACAUCUUUCCCUAGUGAUCUAAAUAGUUUUCAUAGGUGUUUAAAUAAGAAAAGAAAAAAAGUAAUGUACAUAGUUAGGCAAGUAUUACCAGACAAUUCACAAUGUAAUAAAUGAAGAAUAAUGUAUUUCAUUAUGAGGAUGACAUAUUUAAGUAAAUUAGAUUUUUUUUUUUUGGCAAAAUUACUUUGAAAAAUUCCUUAAAUGUAAAAUUAGUCUGAUCUCUUUGCUUAUAAUUUCUUGUUAGAAUAAUUUUUCACAUAUGCAAUAAAAAGUUCUUGAUAUUGA